AUGAUUUUAUCUGGCUGUCCGAUUCUCGAGUUCUUGAAAUUGGAUGGGUGCGUAGAUCUGCAUGAUCUAAAACUCAGCAAUGCGCUGCGUCUGAGGACAUUACAAGUAUUCGGCCCACGGUCACUGAGUCAGAGUCCAAUGAAGAUUGUUGCACCACAUGUCCGUUGUCUCGAACUAAGAAACUCUCUGAUCCUAUGCACUUUAGGUGAUAUCUCCUCUUUAGCCGAAGCUAAACUGAACAUUUCGGCUCACGCACUCCCAAGUAUCGAUCCUGUUUCUCUUGGAGUCAUGGUGGUACCGAUGGCAGAAAUGUUAGAAAAGUUGCACAACGUAGAGAAUCUUACUUUUGGAAGAGAUUUUCUAAAGAAUUUGUCUCGUCCAGAGCUUGGUGGUGUGCCUUUUCCGAAGUUCAAGAGGAUCAAAGCUUUGGCUCUUGACACACCGCUCUCUGCGGAUAUGUGUGUUAUUAUUGAAAAACUGUUACAACAGUCACCUGGUUUAAAGACGCUAACGCUACACACAAGAAGUCACAACACCAAACCGGCUCUUUGGAAGAAGUCCCGUUGGGAAGCAGAGUUAAAGCACAUGGCUACAAGCAUAGAAAGUCUGCUUAAGAAAACAAAAGCAUUGGAGGAAAUGGUAGUACAGUUGGACGAUCGCUACUUUAAAGCAAUAGGGUUUGAAGAGAUGGCUCAGACACUUUCUUGCAACUACAAAAAUGUCUCCAUUGUGUUUUCAACCAAGCCGGUGACAAAAGAGGAGUGGUGA